CCUCCUCGCCCGCCACGCCUGCCGCUCCAGGACCCAUGUGGACCUUCUGCACCAAGGCCCCUGUGAUGCGUGCAAGGAUGUGGAGUGCGGACAGGUCGGCGUGUGCAGAGUGGAUGCUGAAGGUGUUGGCCGCUGUUCCUGCCCCACCAAUUGUUCGCAGGCCCUGGGCGGGGAGAUCUGUGGCAGCAACGGGGAGAACCUACGCCUCGGAGUGCCACCUGCAGAUAGCCGCCUGUGCCAAUCAGCGCCAACUGACGGCCGUGCACAAAGGAAGCUGCGAUCUGUGCAAGGACGUGUACUGCAAGUUCGGGGCGCGUUGUGAGGGCGGGCGAUGCAUCUGUCCAACUGACUGCCCCGACAAGAAGGAACCUGUGUGCGGCUCUGACCGGAUUACCUACAGCAAUGAGUGUGUCAUGAGGAAGGUGGCGUGUGAAAAGAAUGAGGACCUGAAUUAUCUCUUCUUUGGGGAAUGUAAUGAGAUUGGCGGCAUCGUGACGGACGUGAUCUACCCGACGCCCUUGCCGCCAGCCAGCCCCGAGGACCCAUGCCACACCCACACCUGCAUCGCGGGGGCCGAGUGUCAGUCAGACGGAGAGGGACGCGCCCGCUGUGUGUGUGACAUCUACUGCUCGCCGCCGCCCCGCUAUGAGCCUGUGUGCGGCAGUGACAUGGAGUUUUACGAGUCGGAGUGUCUCAUGCGGCUACACGCUUGCAACAUCCAAGUGCAGCUAUUUGUAAUGCCAGUCCACGAGUGUGCCACCUCACAACGAUCGAGGGCGUGCAACGGGACCUCGCCGCUGAGCAACCCAUCAACAGGCGAGGACCUUUUCUGCGGGGAGGGCGGCACCAUCUGCCCACCCGGGACCUAUUGCCACCGCGGCCACCACUUCGCCAAAUGCUGCAGAGACUACUCUGUCCGGGUAGCGGUGAUAGAGGCGCCAGAACCGGACGACUGCCACCAGAGUGAAUGGGGAUGCUGUGACGACGGGAUCAAUUUCGCCUCGGGUCCAGAGCGAGAGGGAUGCCCCGAGGCCUGUCGUUGCCAUAGAUUAGGGUCAAUCCGGGAGCCGUGUGACGCAGUGACGGGCGUGUGUGAGUGUCGGCCUGGCGUAGGAGGCAAGAACUGUGACCGCUGCCUGCCGGGGUAUUACGGCCUCAACAGGGUGAAGGAGGGCGCCAUCGGGUGCACGCCCUGCGGAUGCUCGCUGUUCGGGUCGCUGCGCACAGACUGCAUGCAGAUGACGGGGGAGUGUGUGUGCAAGCCGGGCGUGUCGGGUCACCAGUGCACCGUGUGUCCCAAAGGCCAGGUGCUGCGGCCCAUAGGAUGCGUCUAUGAGGACCUACGGGUGCCCGCCGCCACUACCUGUGACCUGCUGCAGUGUCACUUCGGGGGGAAGUGCCAGGAGAAGGACGGCAUGGCCACUUGCACCUGUGCUAACCACUGCCUGCCGAGCGGCGCUGGCGGGACGUUGACGGUAUGUGGGUCUGACGGAGUGACUUACGCCUCUGAGUGUGAGGUUCGCUACCAGGCGUGUGUGCAGCAGGCGGACAUCGUGGUGGUGGGCUUUGGUUCCUGCGCUGAGUCAUGGACAGACGCCCCCGUGCGCCGCUCCACCGCUGAGGAUGGCUGGUCCACGGAUGACUGGGCGUGGCCUGGACGCGGCCUGACGGAGCACCAUGGCCUCGCCACCCGCAGACACGUUGACACCGCCCACUCCACCCGCGCCCACUCCGCCAGCGCUGCCCACUCCAUCAACUCCAUCAUCGACACGCCUGGCCAAGUGGUGACGCCCAAGACGGAGAUCGACUCAGAGGAGGAUGGCAGGCACCCCCCGCCGCCUCCACCCUCCAAGCUGCCCUAUGACGUCCCUUCCUUCUCUGGCAACUCUUACAUACAGAUGAUGACGUGGUCUGUGCCGACGAAGGUGAAACUGGAGGUGGAGUUUUCGGCCCACGAGGCGGACGGUGUGUUGGCGUACGUGCAGCAGAACCUCGGAGGCAACGGUGACUUCCUGGCUCUUGUCCUCAACCGUGGGUACCUGGAAGCUCGCAUUGACCUUGGGAACGGCCGCAUAGUUCUUAAGUCGCCCAAACCUGUGGAGCUCUUCACGCGAACCCUGGUCAGCGUGAGCACCUAUGGCACGGACGCGCUGCUGCAGGUGGGCGUGGGGGAGGCAGUGUCGGGGAGCUCCAAGGGCGUUCACCACAGCCUGGACAUCAACGCGCCGCUGUACGUGGGCGGCGUGCCGAGCUCCACCUCUCGCGUAGUGGAGAACCUCGGCGUGACCAGAGGCCUCUUCGGCUGCGUCCACAGGCUGAAACUGGGCCAGCACGACCUCGACCUGGUGUGGGGGCGCUCCGGCAGUGUCAAUCACGCCCACAAUGUAAGUGAGUGCCGCCCGUCACCCUGUGCCGCCCAUCCCCUGUCUCAACGGAGGGUCAUGCCGCCCGCACGCCCUUCCCCCGGGCUUCACCUGUUCCUGUCUCAAAACACACACAGGCCACAGGUGUGAGGUGGAAGUGAGUGCAGGUUGCCGCCGCCUGCAGUGCCCUCCCGGGACCACCUGCCAGAGCGUCCCCACCACCACUACUCUACACUGCGUCCCCGACUCUGAGACGGAGGAGGCGUGGCCGGUGGUGGAUCUGAAGGGUAGCGGGUACCUGGCAUUGCCGCGUCUGGACAGCGAGGUGACUGCGAUCCGCCUGGAGGUGUGGGGUGCUGGCGCGCGCCCCCCACGGCAUGCUCCU